CUUUUCUGCAAGCGGGUUUCUUAUUAUGCGAUUUGAAUUACGGAUUCCUUUUUUUUUCUGCCUGAUUGGGGGUUAGUGCAACUCCGCUGGGACCCGAUGUUACGGGACUAAGGCUGAGAAUUACCAGCUCCCGUUUCUUAUCGUUGUCGCUGUCUCUUACUGUAGUCUCUCUCUCUCUCUCUCUCUCUCUCCACUCCCAUUGAGAUCAUUACUACGGAGUAUGUCUUUUUGCCUUCUUUCUUCAUCGCUCCCUUCUCUUCUUCCAUUCCACCCCCCCCGGUCUUCCCACCUUUUCAACUCUCACUUAAGACUACAUACAUUACAAUCUCUGCCCUUGUCUUCUAUUUCUUUCUCACCCUCUACUACUAUCCCUCAUCCUCAUCAUUCUUCACACCUGCCUCUUUUCCUUAUUAGUACACCUGCCAGUCGCGUGCCUGCAGACGCACCCGGCCGUUCUUCCGCUUUGGGCUCCCGCUCGAACUGGGGCUCUUCUACGGAGUACGCACCAGUGACUGCCCCCAAUACCCAGUGCCCACUGCCCACUGCCAACACAGCACAGCACAGCAAAAGUGGUUCUCAUCGCUAGCGGAUACCCUUAUAUAUUCUUCAGCGGAGUCCACUCUUCCGUUGGGAGAGGUGUCUAUCAGACGCUUUUCUCUUUUUCUCUUCCCUGGCCCUCUUUCUAUUUAUCCAUGUA